CUCCCAGGUAUCAUUCAUUGGUCUUGUGUUCUCUCUCUCAUUGAAAGAAUUGGUCAAAACUAGUUGUGAAGAAUGGCAACUUUUACGUCUCGUCUCAAACAACUCUGGAACCACCCAGCGGGACCAAGGACAGUGUUCUUUUGGGCCCCUACCGUGAAGUGGGCCUUGGUUGUUGCAGGCUUGUCUGAUAUGAAGCGUCCACCUGAGAAGCUUUCGGUCCCUCAAAAUUUGGCGUUGGCUUGUACCGGAGUUAUCUGGGUUCGAUAUAGUUUUGUGAUAACACCAGUGAACUACAACUUGGCUCUGGUCAAUACUUUUGUGGGUGCUACUGGUAUUUAUCAGAUUUGGAGAAAAAUCAACCAUACCUAUUUUCAAGAAAAGCAUGUAUCUGCCAACUGACACUUUGUGGCAGCUUGAGCAAUAAUAUUCUAUUUUAUGUGGAAAGCAACGAAGUGCAUUUCUGUUCCUAUUGAAAGUUGGUAAGGACUUUUUGCAUUAUAUAUAUAAAGAAAAUAAAUAUGCAGCCAUAACAUUCUUUUUGUGUUUUGGA